AUGUCCUUCAACCCAAUGUUAACAUACACUAUACGUUUUAAAAAAUUCGAGGUAAAACCUAACAUCACUGUUGAUUAUUAUUCGAUCGAACGAUAUAAAGAUGUACAAUAUAUAAAUGGAAAAAUUACAAUCAAUUCGAAAGAACUGAUAAACAAAGUUACUGCAACAUUUUAUCGUUGUGAUCAAGAGGGUAUUAACUGUGAAUACUUCCAAUCGUGGACAUUAACAGGUAUUUGUAAUAAAUUAAAGCAAAAGAAUCAAGUAUGGUCUCGAUGGUACGAUUCGUAUGAUCCACCGAUGCAUUGUCCUAUAGAUAAAGUACAUUAUAAAAUGAUAAAUGGAACUAUUGAUAUUGGUCCGGUACUAUUGUGGUAUCCACAAGCAACUGAUUACCAAUGGAGAGUAGUUCAAGAUAUGUAUGCGGAUGAUAUAUUUGUUGGUAGUUACACGAUUGAAUUAUUAAUUUUUGGCUACAGAAAAAAAAUUAAAUCUAUUUUAAAACUAUAA